AUGUCCCGGCUUUUGCUGUCAUGGCUGGUGUUGCUCCUGGGCUUCUUGGGCCGGGGGUGCCUAGCACAGCGAAAGGUCGUAUGCGCUCCCAACUGCCGCACCUGCGUCAAGACGGGCACAUGCGAAGUAUGCCUUGCUGGCUACACCGUGAAGCCGGAGGACCGGACGUGCGGACCGUGUGGCAAGCACUGCCAAGACUGCUCGAAUAGCGGGCCCGGCGGCUGCAACAUUGACGGUUGCAAAGAUGGCUACACCUGGUGGAAAGGCAGUUCGUUUUCCUCGGCAAGAUGCGAGCCUUGCGCAGAAAAUUGUCGGAGGUGCGACACCGUGGGUUACGGAAAGUGCGAUGCCUGCAUCAAAGAUUACGAGUUGACGAAAGAUGGCUACCACCAGUGCAAGAAAUGCUCGGACAACUGCCAGGGCUGCCAGACAGCGGGCGGUGGCCUUUGUGAUGUUUGCGACAAAGGCUUCGCGCUGACGACGGGCAAAACGUGCGCGGCGUGCGCACCCAAUUGCAAGCAGUGUGCACGAGCUGGUCCUGGGCGCUGCGAUCUCUGCAAGGAUGGCUUCGAUCUUGCAGCAGACAAGACCUGUCCGACAUGCGCGAAGAAUUGUCAAAGCUGCAUCCAUGCCGGAGAAAAGAGAUGUGACAUCUGUAUGCCCGGCUACGGUCGCAACACCGCGAUGCUGCAGGGGGAAUACUGCGAGAAAUGUGCGGAAGGUUGCAAAUCCUGCGCACAGGCCGGUGCCAAGAAAUGUGAUACAUGCGGCGACGGCUACGCCCUCAUUGUCGCACAAAAGACCUGUGGUAAGUGUGCUGACAAUUGCCUCAAAUGCGGGGUGCCCGGCAAAUGCAAUCAGGGCCAAUGCAAGGCGCCCUAUCUGCUCACGGAGGGGAACGAGUGCGGACUAUGCCCCGACAACUGCGAGAAAUGUACUUUUGGAUUGAAGUGCGAUGUUUGCAAGGCGCCUUUUGGCUGGACCGACGAUUGGAAGUGCGCCAAGUGCGAGCCAAACUGCAAAUCCUGCAGAUACAACGGAGCCGCGAAGUGUGACGAGUGCAAGGAGAACUAUGCCCUGAACAAGGCGACCAAGAAAUGCGAGAAGUGUGCCGAUCACUGCGAAAGUUGUGACACUCAAGGGGGCGGCAAGUGUGAUGUCUGCAAGGCCGGGUACGGAUGGACGAAUGAUUGGAAGUGUGCACCCUGCGCCGCAGGGUGUAAAGAUUGUGCCCAGGCGGGAGCAGGUAAAUGUAACAAUUGCCAGCCCAAGCACGGAUGGAAUCAGCAGACAAAUGCCUGCGAGCCCUGUGCCCCGAAUUGCCAGAACUGUGGGCGUGCAGGCCCUGGUUAUUGCGAUGUGUGCGAGGAUCCCUUUGAGGUAUCGAAGAAGACAUGGAAGUGCGAACGCUGUGCGGCGAAUUGUGCGGAGUGCAAGAGCGCAGGAGGUGGCAAAUGCGAUGUGUGCAGGGUGGGGUACGGGAUUAUUGCAGUUCAGCAGAUUUGCGGCGAAUGUGAUCCAACAAACAAGCGGUGCAAAAGCUGCGAUCGUGCUGGCGCUGGCAAAUGCGAUCAGUGCAAGCCUGGAUACGAGCUCGGCACGACGUCACGGACCUGUCUCAAGUGUGCCAGCAAUUGCAUCACCUGUGCCAAUAACGGAGAGGGCAGGUGUGAUGCGUGUGCCAAAGGCUAUGCACUGACCUUGGACUCGCGGAAAACAUGCCUGCCCUGCGGAAAGAAUUGCCUCGGCUGUGCUCAGGCCGGCCCAGGCAAAUGUGACCGCUGUGCCGACGGUUUUGCGCUUGACUCUGAGAAGACCUGCAAACCCUGUGCUUCCGACUGCAGAGUGUGCAGAAAGGAGGGUCCAGGAAAGUGUGACGAUGGUGGCUGCCAGCUCAAUUACGAGCUCACGGCUGCUCGUACUUGCGCCCCAUGUGCCGAUCAUUGCGACAGCUGCAAGACUGCCGGCGGUGGGCUCUGUGACGUUUGCGCCUCACACUACGGUCUCACUACUGGCCAGACCUGCGGGAAGUGUGCUGAGAACUGCAGAACCUGCCAGUAUGCAGGCGCCUCCAUGUGCGACGAGUGCAAUGAUGGCUACGUCCGCACAGAUUCGAAGAUGUGCGCAUCCUGCGCCAAGAACUGCCGCGGCUGUGCCAUCGCUGGAGCUUACAAGUGCGACGCCUGCGAGCCGAAGUUCGGUCUUACCGCCGGGCAAACCUGCGAGAAGUGUGCGAAAAAUUGCCGCGACUGUGCAAGGGCCGGUGCUGGUAGUUGUGAUGUCUGCGAUGCGGGCUAUGUGGUGGACGGCCACGACUGCCUUCCUUGUGCUCAGAACUGCGAUAGUUGUCUGCGUGCAGGAACCAAGAAAUGUGAUGCAGGAAAUUGCUAUUUGGGCUUCGGUCUCACGGCGAACAAGCAAUGUGCAAAGUGCAGUGCAAACUGCAUGACUUGCACUAACGCAGGAUCCUGCGACGCUUGCGCGGAGGGCUACACUCUCAAUGGCUCGUCAACUUGCGACAAGAACGGUUCGUGGCUACCAUACCUAGGUGCCAUCAUCGUCUUGCUCGGAGGAGGCGCCUCACUCUGGUGGUUCUAUGGCCAAAAACCCCAAGAAGGUUCGGCCCGGGAGAGCGUCUACGCUCCCGAGAGCCGCGCGCCUUUGAGCGGCGAGAUUCAAAUGGAGUCGCUGGGCCAGGGCGCCCACCAUGCUCAGGCCUUCCAGACUGCCCUGAUGUACCCAAGUGGAAAGUGGGCCGGCUACUACGUGCAACUCGCAGAGGACGGUUCCGGCCCGGAACGAAAUCCAGUCGAGUUUGACAUUGAAUUUGGGCCCGAUGGGUCUAUCAGCGGCAGUGGCACUGAUGAUGUCGGUGAAUACUGGCUGAAAGGUCAGGGAACGCAGACAGGCAGCAUAUGGAUUACCAAGACCUACAGCUCCCAUGAGGUGCAGUACGAGGGCAAUAUGGUUGGCUCCAAUCUGGCAGCGGGAAUCAAGGGCACCUGGCGCAUCCACGACGCCCGGCCUCCGUUCGCUGGUUUAGGGUUUAGGGUUCAUGGUCGGUUUUGGGGGAUGCAAUUUACAAGGCGGUCUCCUUGUUCAGGUAAGCGCCAAUCCCGGACCGAUUGCCAUGCCAUGCUGCAGUAG